AAAGUAAAAAGAUAAUCUCAUUUACAAUGUCAAAGAAAGCCCUUUCUGAAUUUCUAAAAUGCAAGAUAUGUUUUGACACCUACGACGAACCUAAAAAUCUUAUUUGUGGACAUACGUAUUGCAAGAAUUGUUUGGACAACAUUUUAGUCUUUAAAGAAGACGGAAGCGCCGAAAUCAACUGUCCCUUAAAAUGCAAGCUCAGUGUGACAACUGAUAAAGAUGAAACUACAUCUUCCUUACCAACGAAUUAUGCACUCUGUGGCUUCAUAGGUGAUAUGCAGGAAAAAACAGAUUUAUCUUUAGAUGAGCAAUGUCAAGAAACAAAACGAUGCAACAAAUACAAAAAUUUGUUGUGUCGUACUUGUGGUGCGAAAUUUUGUGAUAAAUGCGAAAUUCUUCAUACGUGGCAACACAAAUCACUUACGGCAAUAACUUUCAAUGACAAGUUGCAAGUAUUCCAACCAAUGUGUAAACAGCAUAUGUCAAUUGCAAAACAAGUCUGCAUAGAUUGUAAUUGCGCAUUUAUUUGUGUAUAUUGUGCACAUCGUGAACAUAAUAAUCACAGAAAGGAAAGCAUUGUUGAGUUUGGAAAGGAAACAAAGGCUGGAUUCGCCUCAUUAAUAGAUGCAUUUAAAGACACAAAAAUUUUGAUGGAGAGCUUAACCAAAAGAUAUAAUGAAGCAAUGGUUAACAUUAAAAGCGACAGAGAAAAGUUGGUUCGUGAAUUGGAAAAAAGAAAAUUAAAACGAAUGGAACAAUUUCUUGAACUUUUGGAUAGCGAAGAUAAGAACAUAGUCAGAAAAUUUGACGAAAAGGUAAAAGAAUUUCAAAACAACGCAAUAGGAUCAGGUUACACAGAUAAUAUUAAAAUAAAUAUGGUUUCAAAAUACAUCAAUACAGUUAACUCUAAAACUCUUUUUGAGCUAGUUGCUGAAAAAGUGGAAUUGGAACGACAACUUCGUGAUUUACCAUCUCUUCCAACAACUGUUCCAGGUUUUAAUUUUCAUCUGGAUGAUUUGUGUAAUAAUCCAUUGGGUGAAAUCGUAAUUGACGUUAACGAUCUAAACACACUUUGUAUCGAUUCCAGUGCCAAAGCUAUUUAUGAAAGCCAUAUCAUUAAGACUGAAAGACAAUGUAAUCAGUUGGAGUUAAAACGUAAAUUGAUGGUGCUAGUUGAAAAUUUAAACGAGAAUAAAAAAACAACUACUGAGAUUGGUGCUGAAAGAAAGACAAAAAGUGAUGCCGUACAGCAAAAUAAACCCUUACGACAUAAAUGUGAUUACACAUUUGCAGAAGUUGAGGAAAUUAUUAAGAAUGGAGACGUAGAAAUGCUGCAACAAAUUCUCAUAACUGAUCCACUUAUCGUUCAAAUGAGAGAUUCUUUCAGGGAAACCCUCUUGAUGAGAGCUGCAUAUUACAACACACCAUCAGUAGUAAAAGCUUUGAUUGACGCUGGCAGUGAUGUAAAUGCUUCUCGUUAUGAUUUGUGGACUCCAUUUCACAUCAGUGCAUUUCAUGGUCAUCAGGAUGUUCUAAAAGUUCUUAUUAAUCAUGAUGUUACAUGUAUUAAUACAGUUAAUCACCGCAGGAAAACACCGUUAUUUUAUGCAUGCGGAAAGGGUCAUGUGGGAUGUGUCCAGCUACUGCUUUCAGUUACAGGAAUUGAUGUGAAUAUACAAACCAUGGACAAUGACACACCAUUACAUGUUGCAUUGCGUAAUGGUUCUCAUGAAUGUGUUAAGUUACUGAUAUCUAUGCCACAUGUUGAUGUGAAUAUACCAAGCAUAUUGAACAAAACUGCUUAUUAGAGAAACAUUAAAGAGAAUAAUAGAUGUCAUAUGGAAUUUAAAUCACUUUCGAGAGUAGUUAUCAUCUAAAAACACUGGACUAACAACAAAACCUAAGUUUAUGAGAUUAUUAUGAUUAAAAAUGCCUUACGGAGAGUUAUGCCUUUUUUAAAAAAAAUCUUAUAUAUGCAACAAAAGUUGUUAAAAACAACUCCGACAGUUGUCUCCAAUUGUCUUUAAUAAUACUUUUCUAUUAAUAAGACUUAUUCUAAAAUGUCUUAUUGCGGAUUACGCUCAGAUAAUGGUAUUGCAACCUUUAGUAAAAAAACACUGGCUGUGAAAAUCUAAGUUACGCUGUCUCUUGAAAAUUGAUUCAAUUAGGCAGCACAGAUGU